AUGGCUAGGCCUCAAAUGGAUUUACAAGGUGCAUUGGCUAGGCCUCAAAUGGAUAUACAAGAGGCAUGGCUAAGACCUCAAAUGGAUUUACAAGAGGCAUGGCUAGGCCUCAAAUGGAUUUACAAGAGGCAUUGGCUUAGUCCUCAAAUGGAUGUACAAGAGGCAUGGCUAGGACCUCAAAUGGAUUUACAAGAGGCUUGGUUAGGACCUCAAAUGGAUUUACAUGAGGUAAUGUCUUGGACCUCAAAUGGAUGUACAAGAGGCAUUGGCUAUGACCUCAAAUGGAUUUACAAGGUGCAUUGGCUAGGCCUCAAAUGGAUAUACAAGAGGCAUGGCUAA